CUGGUGGUUAGUGUUUCGCGGAUUGUAAACUAGUUUGAAGCUUAAACCAGCGACAUGGUUGUCCAGCCAAGCGAAGAGGCGGCAUCCAACAAGCCACAAUACCCGCGGCUGUUCAACAAAAUCGUGUUGACACUAGAAAACUGUCUUUUGCCGGAGUCGAAAUUAGAAGAAACUCCAUCGCACAUCGACGGUUUGGAUAAAGAAACUGAGAAGGAUCUACGAAUUCUAGGAUGCGAACUCAUACAAACUGCAGGGAUCUUGUUGCGGUUGCCCCAAGUGGCGAUGGCGACAGGUCAAGUGCUUUUCCAGAGGUUCUUCUACUCGAAAAGUUUUGUGCGCCACAACAUGGAACAGGUUGCGAUGUCGUGCGUCUGUCUCGCAUCCAAAAUUGAAGAGGCUCCCCGUCGUAUUCGAGAUGUUAUUAACGUUUUUCAUCACAUCAAGCAAGUUCGGAUGCAGAAAGAAAUCACACCCAUGAUCCUGGAUCAGAGCUACACGAACCUAAAAACUCAGGUGAUCAAAGCUGAACGGCGCGUACUGAAAGAAUUGGGAUUCUGUGUCCACGUCAAACAUCCCCACAAACUCAUUGUCAUGUAUCUGCAAGUUUUGGGGUACGAGGAAAACAAGGAACUAAUGCAGAUGGCCUGGAAUUUCAUGAACGACUCGCUGCGGACUGAUGUCUUCAUGCGAUACCAACCAGAAACCAUAGCCUGUGCGUGUAUUUACUUAACGGCAAGGAAGCUCCAAAAACCCUUGCCAUCGAACCCUCCUUGGUAUGGCGUAUUCAAAGUGACCGAGGAUCAUAUUGUAGACAUUUGCUAUCGAAUUAUGCACUUGUACAAGCGGCAGAAGCCGAACGUUGAAAAGUUGGAAGAAGAAGUGGAAAAGUUGAAAAAACAGUACAUCGAAUCACGUCAGAAGACUCGUCAAGAGCAAAAUACUCCACCAGUUGUUACCACUGUUGAUCGAAAUAAUGGAUCUCACAAUGCCUGGGGAGGUUUUAUAUCACGAGCAAUACCUGUUACUAAUACAGACACCAAAAGUAAUCAAAAACGAUCCCACUCUCGCUCAAAAAGUCGCUCGCGAUCUCAUUCUCGUUCGCAUACACCAGUCGAUGAUUUCAAAAGUCGGCAAUCCAAGAAAUCUAGACAUCGCUCCAAAUCACCAUCGAAACAAAAGAAAAAAUCACGAAACUAUUCACGCUCGCCAUCGUCAUCACCACAUUCAAAGCACAGGAAAAGGAACGACAGAAAACCCUCGCGGGAUCGAAAUGACCACUAUUCCAAUGGAGAUCGAAAGGAUCGAGAUAGGAACCGUGAAAGAGAUCGAGGACGUGACAAGGAACGCUCCAAACAUGACAGAUACUCUUCGAAUGUCGGUCGGAGUAGCCAUAGAUCUAGUAAUAAGCAUCGCGAUCGUUCACGCGAUAGGAAACGCUAAGCAAACAUCAUUUGAAUUAAUUGUACAUUAUAUUGCUGGAAACUGGAAAAUCGAGAUAUUCUUGGUUAUAUCAAUAAAAUAGUUUUACGUUCAUCAUCUAUCUCA